CCGCAGUCGACGCCUUCUUCUAUGCGCAGUGACGUUUCAGUCCAGCUGCAUCCCUCAGCCCCAACGGGAGCAACGACAGAGUCGCAGGCAAGAGCAGGUAACCGCGCCUGUCAGAUAUGUGACUGGAUGCCUCCGCGAGAUGCUGGAAAUGAGCGUUUCCAGACCGGCGAGGCAACCAGGGCGGCGGAGGGUUGCAUGGCAGAAGUUGAACCGUUGGCUAAAUCGACGGAGACGAUCCCACUUUCGGGUAGCGAUUCGGUGGAGGACGCCCAAGAAGGGUUGGCUGCGAUUCGUCCACCCGCUCUUUGGUUGGAUUUGCCAGAGCAAUCAGAUUCAUGGGCAGACGUGAUGCGGAACAACUGGCCACUUGACGGCGGAGACGAACUUCUGUCUGACGAAAACGAAUCGGACGUAGCCGAACGGAGAAGGUGGCAACAAUGGGCGAAACAUGCGGCCGAGCACGAGAGACAGCGGCGGAUGAAGGUCGGGUUGUGUGCACGCAACAUGUCAUUUGCGAGGACGCGGGUUUAA